AUGUCAAAAUUAGAAGUUGAAAUCGGAACAGACUCGAUCUCCUCAUCUGAUGAGAUUUUAGUACCUUCGAAACUCGCUGAUGUCACGUUAGCAUUUAUGGAGGAGAACGAUUCAGCAGUUCCGGAAAUCACACCUGAGCAAGAAAAAAAGCUGAAGAGAAAGCUUUUCUUCACGAUAUUUACUUUUGUGUCUGCUAUUAAUCUUUUACUUUACAUGGAUAAAGCAACUUUGUCCUACGAUUCGAUUCUGGGGUUUUUCGAAGAUACGGGUCUUACCCAAAACACAUAUAAUACGGUCAAUACAUUAUUUUACGUUGGUUUUGCAAUUGGACAAUUUCCUGGACAAUAUUUGGCUCAAAAACUACCGCUUGGUAAAUUUUUGGGUGGGUUGUUGGCCACAUGGACUAUACUUAUUUUCCUAAGUUGUACCGCUUACAAUUUUUCUGGUGUCGUUGCUCUCAGGUUUUUCCUGGGACUAACGGAGAGUGUUGUUAUCCCGAUACUAAUUACUACUAUGGGCAUGUUCUUCGAUGCUUCCGAAAGAGCUGCUGCGCAGCCCUUUUUCUUUGCCGCAUGUAUGGGGUCUCCAAUUCCAACUGGGUUUAUUGCCUACGGUGUUCUUCAUAUAGCAAAUCCUAGCAUUUCGUUAUGGAAAAUAUUUACUAUCAUCAUUGGCGGAUUGACUUUUAUUAUGACUAUUAUUGUAAUUCUAUGGUUCCCUAACAAUCCUGCUGAUGCGAAAUUCUUUUCAUUGGAAGAAAGAGUGUGGAUUAUUAGGAGAGUUCAAGCAUCCACAGGGUCUUCUAUUGAACAAAAGGUUUUCAAAAAGAGUCAAUUCAGAGAGGCCAUGAAAGAUUAUAUAACUUGGUUAUUCGGGUUAUUUUUUCUCCUUCAACAGCUAGCAAACAAUUUGCCCUACCAACAAAAUCUACUAUUUGAAGGAAUGGGUGGAGUUGAUGCCUUGGGCUCUACAUUGGUGUCUGUUGCUGGUGCUGGUUUUGCGGUCGUUUGUGCAUUCAUCGCUACAUUAAUGUUAAUUAAAUGGAAAAACAUUUCAGCUUUGACAGCCAUUUUUUGGACUUUACCAGCGCUGGUGGGUUCCAUUGCUGCUGCUGCUUUGCCAUGGGACAAUAAGAUUGGUAUUCUAGCAAAUAUUUGUAUGGCAGGCCAAAUUUUUGGGAUCCCCUUCAUUAUCGCUCUUAGCUGGGCAAGUUCAAGUGCAUCUGGGUAUACCAAAAAACUCACAAGGAGCUCCGUGUCCUUAUUUGCGAUGGGUAUUGCUAAUAUCAUUUCACCACAGAUAUGGAGAGAAAAAGACUCUCCCCGCUUUUUACCAGCUUGGAUUGUUCAAAUUGUUCUAUCAUUCUCUCUGGCACCAGCCAUUUUGUUAAUCAUUCAUUUUAUACUAAAGAGAAGAAAUAAUGAAAGAUUAAAGAAUUAUGAUGAAAAUUUACAAAACUAUCUGGACAGAAUCCAACUCAUUGAAAGUGAAAAUCCUUCUUCUAUCGAAAAAGGGGCAGCUGUAACGCAUGAAAAUAGUCUGGCAGUGUUCGAUCUAACUGAUUUAGAGAACAAAACCUUUAUAUAUCCUUUAUAA